AUGCACAUUAUAUGCAUAUUAAAUGUGUCUAUCAAAUAUUUCAGAAGACUUCUGGAAAAUGUUGCAAAGGUAAAAAGUACACCCAACAAAGGUGAGAACAGACAGGCAGCUAAAAGAAAACUCUAUUCAUCAGGCAGUACCAGUGAAGAUGAAGACAAGAAAAAUGCCACGUUGAAAAAGCGCAAAAAUUCUCCUUCCAACGACCUAUCUCCUCUGAGGGUGCUGUCAAAGCCACGGACUCCCCAAUCUGCCCAGAGAGUGAACAGCGUGCCACUGUCCGAGAGACAACAGAUGGCUCUCUUGAUGAGGCAGAUGACUGAUGAAUCACAUCUGCAGGCAAAUGGUUAG